CACAAGAGGAAGAAAGGACCCGGAAAUACCUUUUCAACACUAGCUGCAUGAGGUUGGCGGGCAACUGUAUAAAGUGUUUUCCAAGUUUUUAUUCUAGAACGAUCGACAAAACUUUCCAUAGACAUUGUUCACGAGACGUCUUUCACAGGGUGAAAAAUAACCGGUAUCGCAACCAUGCCGUCCAGCGUCGGACCCAGCAGCCCCACCGCUGCCAUCGCCGAAGCGCUGGAGAACUCCGCACGGCUGAUCGACAGACACCUGCAGGAUGACCGCUGCUUCCCUGACUUAUCCGAGCUACUGAGCGUCCCCUCACACAACAUGGCCUCUCUAUCUGGUGUAUCAGACAUGGACUACCCAUUACAAGGGCAGGGUUUGCUGAGUGUGCCAAACCUCCCAGAGCUCAGUGCUGUCCGCCGCAUUCCUCUUCCUCCAGAACUGGUGGAGCAGUUCAGCCAUAUGCAGUGUAACUGUAUGAUGGGUGUUUUUCCCGAAAUCUCAAGAGCGUGGCUCACCAUCGACAAUGACAUCUUCAUGUGGAAUUAUGAAGAUGGAGGAGAUGUUGCCUAUUUUGAUGGCCUUAUUGAAACAAUUUUAGCUGUGGGUUUAGUAAAACCAAAACCAGGGAUUCUACAACCACAUAUUCACUAUCUGUUAGUGUUGGCCACAUCUGUUGAUGUUGUUAUCCUGGGGCUCAGUUUUCCCAAAAGCCAGGGUGGCUUGAAUGACAGCAUGUCAGGAGGAAUGCAGUUGCUUCCAGACCCACUCUUUUCAAUCCCCACUGAUAACAUCUAUAUUCUGUCUAUCACAUCCACUGACUUGGGGCGCAUCUUUAUGGCUGGAAAAGAUGGCUGUCUUUAUGAGAUUGCCUACCAAGCAGAGGCAGGGUGGCUGACCCAGCGCUGUAGAAAAAUAAACCAUUCAAAGAGUACACUAUCCUUUCUAGUUCCCUCAGUGCUGCAGUUUUCCUUUUCUGAAGAUGAUCCUAUUGUGCAGAUUGCAAUUGAUAAUUCUCGAAAUGUCCUUUUUACUCGAUCCGAGAAAGGGGUUUUGCAGGUGUAUGACCUUGGUGCUGAUGGCCAAGGUAUGAGUCGUGUGGCAACUAUGUCCCAGAAUGCCAUUGUAGCAGCAGCAGGGAAUAUUGCCAGAACAAUUGAUCGCUCAGUCUUCAAGCCUAUUGUUCAGAUUUCUGUGAUACCCAGAUCUGAGUCAUCAGACUGCCAUCUGCUGGCUGUUACACAUGCAGGUGUGCGUCUAUAUUUCACUACAGCCCCAUUUGCCCCAGCACUCCAAAAACAUCUUCCAGUUCGGCCAAGUUUGCUGUCUCUGGUUCACAUCCGUCUUCCACCUGGUUUCUCUGCUUCUUCAACACUUCAGAAACCUUCAAAGGUUCACAAAGCUCUCUACAGCAAAGGCGUUUUGCUUAUGGCUGCUUCUGAAACAGAGGACAGUGAUAUUUUGUGGUGCAUCAACCACGACUCAUUUCCUUUCAAAAAACCACUUAUGGAAACUCAGAUGAUGUCUAAUGUUGAUGGUCAUUCCUGGGCACUCUGUGCUUUAAAUGAAGAAAAAACAACCAAGAUCUCUACACCUCUAAACAAGGAUCAAAUUCCUAUAACCGACGCCCCUGUGGUUGUUCAGCAGCACAAUGUCCCUCCACAAAAAUUUGUCCUUCUUUCAGCUAAGGGAAGUCACAUUUUUCAGAAACUACGUCCAGUGGAUCAGCUGCGUCACCUGCUGGUUAGCUGUGCUGGAGGUGAAAGUGAAGACAUUGAGAGAUUCUUUAAGCUUCACAGGGAAGAACAGGCUUGUGCCACAUCAUUGAUCCUGUCUUGCUCUACUGCUGCAUGUGAUAGAGAGGUUUCACAAUGGGCAACCAGAGCUUUCUUCAGAUAUGGAGGAGAGGCACAGAUGAGGUUCCCUGCAGCCAUGACCAAUCCCAGCACCGUUGGACCUCUCAUGAGCUCACCAGCACCAGGUAUUGUUCCCCCGGUAUUAGCCAGUCCAUUCACACCCAUGCCAUCUGGCACUGCACCAAUGACACCAGUGUCUGCUGGACCAGAGGUGAUUUUCUCAGGAAAACAUAAUGGCAUCUGCAUUUAUUUUGCUCGCAUUCUCGGAAAUAUAUGGGAUGGAAGCCUGGCUGUUGAGAAAACAAUAAGUAAAGGAAGCCAGAAUGUUACUAUUUUGGAAAGCAGCGUCAGUUCCUUUGACCUGGAGGCUGUGCUCCUGGAGCUCUGUGGCCUGCGAGAAUUUCUAGAUAGAAACUCUCAGUUUAAUCCAUCCUCUCUUGAUGCUGUUAGUUUCAGCUCCCCAGCCAAUUUACAGCAGAGGCUGCUGGGAUUCAUGCGACCUAAUGGUGCCAACACUCAGCAAGUUCAGCAAGAGCUCCAGAGAAAAUAUCACACUAAGGCUCAGCUCUUUGAGAAGGUGUCCCUGCAGGGCAUCCAACAGUUGGUGCAUCGCUCCCAUCAGACACUGGCUCUCUGGAAGCUUCUGUGCGACCAUCAAUUUAGCCUCAUUAUGUCUGAGCUGCCCAAGGAUAUUCAGGAGCAAAUGAAGGGAGUAAGUUUUAAAGAUGUUGUGAUCCGAGGGAAAGAGCUGUCUGGAGCCCUCAUCACAGCCCUCAUUAAUGUGUAUAUUAAAGAUAAUGCCUCUGUGGAUGCUAUAAGCACUCACCUGCGGGACCUCUGCCCUCUGCUGUAUAGCAGUGAUGACAGCAUAUGUGCCAAGGCAAAUGAGUUGCUACAGAGUUCAAAACAGAUUCAGACUAAAGCAGACAAGGAGAGAACCCUCAGGGAGUCUCUGCGGCUCUACCAGCAGAUCAGCCAACAUACAGACUUGUCUUUAGUCUGCUCCCAGUACAGACAAGUUCGUUUCUAUGAGGGUGUUCUGGAGUUGUGCCUCACAGCUGCAGAUAAAAAAGAUCCACAAAGACUUGGUCCUCAUUUCUAUAAAAAUGGAGAGCCAGAAGAUGACAAAGUGGGCCAACAAGCCUUUCAGGAAAGACUUUUAUGUUACAAAUGCAUCACAGACACUAUGCAGGAGCUUGUGAACCAGAGCAAAGCAGCCCCACAGUCUCCCAGUGUGCCCAAGCAACCAGGACCCCCUGUCAUGACCUCUGACCCCAACAUGCUUAGUAAUGAAGAGGCUACUGCACAUUUUGAGCAAAUGCUUGGUCUGGCACAGAGGUCUCAAGAUGAAUUAUUUCACAUUGCGCUGUACAACUGGCUGAUUCAGGCUGACCUGACUGACAAGCUGCUUGAGGUGAAUUCUCCACACCUGGAGGAGCACCUAAUGCAUAUGAUUAAACAGGACCAGAGUAAAGUCCACAACAUGGACCUCUUAUGGCGCUAUUAUGAAAAGAACCGGAAUUUUGGCAAAGCUGCUCAUGUCCUGGCCCGCCUUGCAGACAUGCACAGUACUGAAAUCUCUCUGAAACAACGCCUGGAGUAUAUUGCUCGAGCCAUUCUGUCAGCCAAGAGUGCCUCGUGCAUCUCUGCCCAGGCAGCCGAUGGAGAGUUUCUUCAUGAGCUGGAGGAGAAGAUGGAGCUUGUGCGUAUUCAAGUUCAGAUUCAAGAAACCCUCAUUAGACAAUACUCCCACCACCCCUCUGUGAAAUCAGUCAUCUCUCAGUUGGACUCUGAGCUUAUGGAUAUUACCAAGCUCUAUGGGGAGUUUGCCGACCUCUAUAAACUAUCUGAGUGCAAGCUGGCCAUUAUUCACUGUGCAGGACAUUCUGACCCUAUCCUGGUUCAUUCACUAUGGCAAGAAAUCAUGGAGAAAGAACUGGCAGACUCUGUGGCCAUGAGUCCCAUAGAUCGAAUGAGGUCUCUCAGUUUGAAGCUGAUUGCACUGGGAAGGAUGUAUGCUGGAACACCAAGAUAUUUUCCUUUAGAGUUCCUUGUAAAGUUUUUGGAGCAGGAGGUGUGCCGGCUUAACUGGGACAUUGGUUUUGUCACCUCCACCAUGCUGGAGAUUGGAGUACAGCUGCCACGUCUUCUUGAAGUCUAUGACCAACUGUUCAAAACACGGGAUCCCUGUUGGCAACGUCUGAAAAAGCCACUUCAUUUGGUGGAGUGUAUUCAUGUCCUUUUGUCUGGAUAUGUGGAUGACCCGAGCAAAGUACCAACUUAUGACCGACGCAGGUUUACCAAUGUGUGUCUUGACAACAUCUGUGGCUACCUCGUGGAGUUACAAUCUCUCAGCCCAAACUCAACUCUUCAACACAUCAUCAGUAAUUUUAAAGCACUGCAGGCCAAGCUAGAGAAACUCCACUGAGAGGUGACCCCAGCCCUGUCACAGCUGACCUCUUAGGUUCAUUAAACAAAUGCACAUGUAUAUUCCCUAGUUCCUCUCAUCUGCAGAUAUGGGAAAUUCCCACACACAUACUAGGAGAUCUGACAGUUUUAUAACUUAUUUAAUACAAUUUGAUAGUGGCAAUUUUUACUAUUUCUGUUAUCUGAUAAAUAAUGCAACCCAUGUUAAUUGUGUCUGGAGCAUACAAUGUUGUACAUGUUUUUGACAAUAACAUGGUUAUCAGAGCAGUAUACUGUCUGUCUCCUUUAGUAAUGGUGCUCAAUGUUGAAAUUAUGUACAAAAUGUGGCCAAAACUCUACUAAUUGAAACAAACCUAUAGAUUUUGUCUGUCUUUUUAUUUGGUCUUUUCCUUAACCUUUUUAGAACCCAAUAAUUGUUCCUCAUAAAAAAAAUUAAAUAAAAAUUAAGUGGUCUUUGCUUUUGUAUAUUUAUGCUUUGAACAAAAUAGAAAACAUUUCUAAAAUAAUUUGCAGUGUGCCUUAAAUAAAUGACAUCCUGUGACAUUA